AGAGUAACAUGUUGUUGCAAUAGUACGUGUCAUUCACAAAAAACACACGUAUCCACAGGCAUUACGUAUCUCUUUUUUCUCAUCCUCCUUUCCUAGCCCUUCAAGCUACUAUAGCAGACGGAAAAACAAACAUCUGGUUAAACACAAUAGUAGGCCGUAGCGAUGGGCAGAGGCGAGGCUGGUACAAAGAAGACGAUAUCACUAGAAGCAUGGCAGCAAAAGCUGGACAGCGUUCAGGUUCCCAAGGAGGACAUGAACCGGCUUAUCAUGAACUUCUUGGUCACUGAGGGUUACGUAGAAGCAGCGCGCAUGUUUGAGAAGGAGAGCGGCACACCACCGGGGGUCAACCUUGACGCAAUCACGGACCGCAUGGAGGUGCGGCGGGCGCUUCAAGGCGGCGACGUGGAGGCAGCCAUGGAGCGGGUCAACGACUUAGACCCAGAGAUCCUGGAGUCGCAGCCCAAGCUGUUCUUCCAUCUGCAGCAGCAGCGGCUCAUCGAGCUCAUCCGCGGCGGCAACGUGGAGGCGGCGCUGGACUUCGCGCAGGAGGCGCUGGCGCCGCUGGCGGAGGAAAACAGCGAGUUCCUGGAGGAACUGGAGCGAACCGUGGCGCUGCUGGCCUUCGAGGACUCCAAGUCCAGCCCCGUGGGAGACCUGAUGGACGUGGCGCAGCGCCAGAAGACCGCCAGCGAGCUCAAUGCAGCCAUCCUGCACAGCCAGGCGCAGGAGCGCGAGCCGCGCCUGCCGCUGCUGCUGAAGCUGCUGCUGUGGGCGCAGGCGCAGCUGGACGAGCGGGCGGCUUACCCGCGCGUGCAGGACCUGGCGACGGCGCAGCUGGUGCCGCCGGCAAAGACGGAUUAG